AUGGUUCGCUAUUCGAACCAUCCCUUGCUCUCCACCGUCGAAACAUGGCCUACACUGCGCCUCUUGAACACCGGCGAAGUGUCCCGGCUGAGCUUCUUGCAGAUAUUGUUGAGCACGCUUAACCAUGAAGCAGCUAACCGCACUAAGAAAUAUGCCACAAGGGAACCAAGCAUAUCUGGGUUCGGAACAACGUAUUCUCUACUUCGGUGCACGCAGGACCUAUCAUCCCAAGAUUGCAGAAUUUGUCUUAGUGGUGUGAUUGGAGACUUUUCAAAUGGUGCUGUUUGGGAAAACAAGGAGGAAGAGUUGUAUGAGUUGCAACUUGGAAAUGAAAGCCAUAAUUUAGAGCCUCUACAAUUUGGUUUGGCCACUAUUGAAGCUGCAACAAAUAAGUUUUUUCAUGAAAAAUGUUUAGGCCAAGGUGGAUUUGGACAGGUUUACAAGGGUGUUCUUUCAAAUGGUCAAGAAUUAGCUGUCAAGAGACUUUCAAAAAAUUCUGGUCAAGGUGGAGAAGAAUUCAAGAACGAGAUUUUAUUGAUUGCCAAACUUCAGCACAUAAACUUGGUGGCCUUGCUUGGAUUUUGCAUAGAAGAACAAGAGAAAAUCCUUGUUUAUGAAUAUGUUCGGAACCUUGACUAA